AUGAUUGCCGAUUUUGAGAGUGUUUUGCGCACAGAUUUCUCACUUGAUGACUGUCCUCGCAUUGGACCCUUCACGUGGCACAAUGUGCCUGGCUUGGACGGUUCGGAUGAGGGGGACGAGUGGGAUGCACCAACGCUUAGCUCGUAUGGAUCCAUUGAAACCCGCCCAAGGCGCAACGAUGACUUCAGAGUAAUUCCCUCAACGGGAGAAAUGCUGACGGAAGAUCCGCUUAGCACCAGCAAUCGUCUUCAAACGGAUAUGCGCAUGUGGAAACUCAUGAAAACUUGCCCGGUGCCGCGCAGUGUUCCGAAGCUGGAUAUGAAGAAAGGUACGACAACUCUGGGGUUUCAUUUUGACGGUGGUAUCAUACUUGCUGUGGAUUCCCGCGCGUCUUCAGGACAGUACAUCUCUUCUCAAACAGUCAUGAAGGUGCUGGAAAUCAAUGAAUACCUUUUGGGAACAAUGGCGGGAGGAGCGGCAGACUGUCAAUAUUGGGAACGUGUAUUAGGUAUGGAGUGCCGUUUGUGGGAGCUACGAAAUAACUGCCGCAUCUCCGUGGCAGCUGCAAGUAAAAUACUGGCAAACAUCACUUAUUCGUACCGCAACUACGGGCUCUCUAUGGGCACCAUGGUGGCAGGUUGGGACCAAUUCGGACCCUCCCUGUAUUACGUGGAUGACAAGGGCACACGUGUGAAGCAUGAACUUUUCAGUGUGGGCUCAGGCUCUAUCUAUGCCUACGGUGUUCUUGACCAGGGGUACCGCAAGAACCUUACUGUCGAGGAGGCAUGCGAACUUGCACGUCGUUCCAUUUUUCAUGCAACGUACCGUGAUGGCGCCUCCGGCGGUAUUGUCACCGUUUAUCAUGUACACCAGGGUGGAUGGACGCAAAUUUCGCGUGACGAUCAGACUAAACUGUAUGAUCGCUACGUGUUGUAG